CACUUAUCAUGUUUAUAGUGUGUCCACCGCUACCACACCACACACAAAAAUGCUCAUAAUGUGCUUAUGGUCCCAGAGCCUAGUUCAUUUUCAGAUCCUAAAUUUGCAACAUUUUUCAUUCCAAUUUUAUCCAAACUAGCUCUUUAAAAUGACGACGAAAAUAUUAGGGGAGCAUCUGUUGUACUGGAGAGGGCUGAGGGCUCUGUGAUCAGACCUGGCUCUUUGCAACCACAAUGCAAAAUGCCCAUUUCAUUCCUUUCUCAGUGCCUUUGUAAAAUGAGUCAGGAGGGCUCAGCAGUUACUGUACAGUAUUUACUAUCCUCAGCUGUGCCUAGAAUAGCCACACCCCGUUCUUCACGAUUGGCUCAGAAUGCGGAAGGCCUGAACCUUCUUUUAGGUUUUUUUGUACCAGUGAGAAUGUUUCCCGGCCUGAUGGACACAUUGGGUGCCUCCAAUGGCAGCAAGCACUGGCUGGAUUUGGCAGCUCCUGAGCCUGCAGUAUAAAAGCAAGUAGAGGCAGCUUGCUGCUUCACUCUGAGCUCAGGCAGCUGCUUAGAGAAAGAAAAGAAAGGGAGGUAGUCAAGCAGGCAGAGAGAUCCCUUAGUGUGUGUUUUCUGUACCCUGGAAGUCGGGCUCUCUCCCAGCAUGAAAGCUUUCAGUCCUGUCAGAUCCGUCAGGAAAAACAGCCUCUCUGAACACACCCUGGGAAUAUCCCGGAGCAAAACCCCCGUGGACGAUCCUAUGAGUUUGCUAUACAACAUGAACGACUGCUAUUCCAAACUGAAAGAGCUAGUGCCCAGCAUCCCUCAGAACAAGAAAGUGAGCAAGAUGGAAAUUCUGCAGCACGUUAUUGACUACAUCCUGGACCUGCAGAUUGCUUUAGACUCACACCCCAGUAUUGUCAGCCUCCAUCACCAGAGACCAGGACCAAAUUCUUCCUCCAGAACUCCUCUGACCACCUUAAACACAGACAUCAGCAUCUUGUCAUUACAGGCAUCUGAAUUCCCUUCAGAAUUAAUGUCAAAUGACAGCAAAGCACUUUGUGGCUAAAUUCAAUGGUGUUUGCUGACUUUUUUUUCCCCCACAAGAAAAUGUCUACAGGAUUUUUUUUUUUUUUUUUUGAGGUGCUGAACUUAUUUUUCAGCUGUAUCUGGAGGGGGAAUCUACAUCUAAUUAAAUGGACCUUUUAAAACUAAUAAAGAAGAAAAAAACUGAGAUCUCUCCCCCCUCCCCAACUUGGACUGAUCUUAGCUAUUUAUGAAGAGACUUUAAAUGCCCUUUCCCUAGUUGGAAGGUGUCCUUUAUAUACUAUUCCCAGCAUGGGGAGUGAAACAUAAAAACUCACAAGGAAUUGCCCAUUUUAAAGCAGACUUUGCCUUUUUUUCCAAAGGUGGAGCGUGAGUACCAGGAGGAUCCAGUGUUCAAUUUCUUAGGGAAGUCCAUGGUCAGAAAUGACCUUUUGAUGCAAGCCUAGGAUUGAAUACUGUGUAUAUAUUUAUAUAUAAAUAUAUAUAUAUAUAUAUAUAUAUAUGAGAGUGAAACCUUGUGAACUCUUUAAUCAGAGUUUUCUUGUAUAGUGGCAGAAAUGUACAUUUCUGCAAAAAGUGUAAUGAUGUACUUAAUCAUGCUAAACUUUUUAUAAAAGUUUAGUUGUAAACUUAACCCUUUUUAUACAAAAUAAAUCAAGUGUGUUUAUUGAA